AUGUCUGCCAAAAUUGUGUGUGCUACAACAAGCAAUGAGUUUUUAGAAGAUUUACCUAUUAAUAAAGGAGUUGAUAUAGUUUGGAAAAAUGUAAACUAUACAGCAAGAAUUAAAAAAAAUACUCGUUAGAUUUUAAAAAACUCUUCUGGAAUCUGCAAAUCAGGAGAAAUGACAGCAAUAAUAGGUAGUUCAGGAGCAGGAAAGACUACAUUGUUAAACAUUUUAUGCUGUAGAGCAUAAAACACCGAUAAAGUAAAAUUAACUGGAGAGAUUUCUGCAAACGGUCAAAACUUUAACUCUCAAACAUUUUCUAAUUUUGCAGCUUAUGUCAUGUAAGAAGAUCUUUUGAUGGAAAGUAUGACUGUUAUUGAAGUUCUUCAAUUUGCUGCUCAUUUAAAAAUGAAAGGAACAGAUGAAUAAAAAUAUAGGAAAGUGAAAGAUGUCUUAAGGAUCAUGAGGUUAGAAAAUUGUUAAAACUCUUUAAUUGGAGGUGCUAAACUAAAGGGAAUUACUAAGGGUGAAAAAAAAAGAACUUCAAUUGCAUUUGAAUUAGUAAGCGAUCCUGAUGUAAUUUUUUUAGAUGAACCUACAAGUGGACUUGAUUCGUUUACAGCAUAUCAUGUUAUUGAUGUAUUAUAAAGCUAUGUAAAAUAAGAAAACAAAACUAUUAUUUGCACAAUACAUUAACCUUCAUCAGAAAUAUUUUUGAAAUUUGAUCGUUUGAUACUCUUGGUGGAGGGUUAGUUCAUCUAUUAAGGUCCUCGAGAUCAAUGUAUAGAUUAUUUUGCUUCCUUUGGAUUUGAAUGCCCUAAAUUAAAUAAUCCAGCUGAUUACCUUAUGAGUAUUAUGCAUGGAGAGUCAGAAAGAAAUCGUUAAAAUUAUAAAACUUAUUUUGAAAAAUUUGAGUUGAACUUGAAACCAGUGAUAGAAAAUGAAUUGCAGCACCAUAAAACAAAUUUAAUAUCUAAUUAAUAGUCCGAAGCCAGCUUUGGCACAUAGCUUUAAAUUUUACUAAAGCGCAAUUUAAAAAACGUUUAACGUAAUCCAAUGGAAUCUAAAGCAAGAGUCCUUCAAUCUAUAAUUCUAGGUUUGUUUACAGGUAUAAUUUAUUUAUCUUUACCAGAUCCCGAGGCUCAUCAGUAUGAUUAGAGAGCUGUAAACGAUUAUAACGGUGCUAUAUAUUUUUUGGCGUAAAAUUUGCAUAUGAAUACACUUUUUCCAAUCGUACUCUCUCUUCCACUAGAGAAAGCAAUUUUUUUAAAAGAAUAAGAUGCCAAACUGUACAAUGCAACUACUUAUAUAAUUGCUAAAUUGUUAGUUGAAAGUAUUUUGGCAAUACUGUGUCCAGUUAUAUUUGUAAGUAUCAGCUAUUAUAUGAUAGGAUUAACUCCGAAUUUUGGAUGCUUUUGCUUUUUUAUUUUAGUGAGUAUAUUACAGAGUUCUGUAGGAAUGGCAUAGGGUUUGUUCUGUGGAGCUGCUUUCAGAGAUGCUUAGACUGCUGUCAGUGUAACACCUAUGAUGAUUUUACCAUUUAUGCUAUUUGGUGGACUUUAUAAAAAUGUUGCAGACAUGCCAGACUGGAAUGGAUGGAUUUAAUGGAUUUCAAACUAUAGAUAUUCAUUUGAAGCAUUUGUAAGAAAUAACUAUGCUCACAGCCCUUUUAAAAUAGACGUUGUAGGAUAGCUAAAUUUUGAUUUUGGUAAAUGGAAUUGCGUAUUCCUUCUGAUUGUUCUGUUUUUUUCGUUUUCUCUAUUAUCGCUUAUAUUGUUAAAAACCAAAAAUUAAAGCCUUUAAUGA